AUGCCCGAGAAAUGGUGGUCGGAUUCAUACGAAGCGUCCAACGGAUAUUUCGGUUGUGAAACAACCCGCCUAGCAAGUAUUGUCACGGGGUUUAAUAUAUGGACAUACUUCGAAACAAAACAGACGCGAGCUGAUUUGAAAUACGAUUGGAUCAAGCUUAACGUCUUCACCAGAUGGGUUCCAUCCACUAAUCAGACGUUUCUGCUUCUUUUCGAUGCGAUAAUGCCUGUUCGGAAGUCAUUUCUCCAGACGCUAUCAAAGCUAACUCUUUCUGGGUUGAGUAUUCCAUUUUGGCCUUACUCGCACGUGCUAGAGAUUGUAGCCGAUCUCCAAGAGUCCGCGGUUUGGGCUAUCCGGAACCAAAGACUACAUGAGAUUGCCCGCCACGCCAUACAUGUUAGCGAGAGUCUGGAUGUCUCGAUACAGAAUAUUGAGAGUAUUUUAAAACACUACAAUCUCUACAUAGCACCAAAACGGAGUGAUUCAUACUUCGGCGCAGACGAAGACAUCUACAAUCGAAUAGAGUCCCUUCGAAGUUAUAUCGCAAAUAUGCGUCAUCGCUCAACCUCCAACGAGAAACGGGUCCAGAACGAGAUCCAGUUAGCGUUCAAUACUGUCGCUCAGGCAAAUGCGUCAACCUCUGUGGAAAUAGGUCGUGCCGCACAGAUCGACAGUUCGGCCAUGAAGACUAUUUCGUUUGUCACGCUAGCUUUUCUUCCGCCUACCUUUAUUUCGUCUGUCUUCAGUAUGUCGUUCUUCCAGUGUGGUGAGGACAAUGGCUGGGGCAUGUCAAACAAGUUCUGGCUUUAUUGGGUGUUCGCCAUUCCCACAACCAUUGCUACGCUUGUAAUUUGGCAGUACUGGCAUAAACUCCUCCCCAGUUUACAUCGUAACGAGCCAGUGAUAGUUCCUGUGCUUAAGGAACAUGCAUGA